AUGGAUGACGGAAAUAAAGGAGGAAGUAAUCUCAAGUCCAUAUUCUACAGAGUAGACAGCGACAGGAAUGGUCUUAUCGAUAUAAAGGAACUUUACAAUGCUUUAAAGCAAUCUAAUGAGAACGACUUCAACCCCGAAACUUGCCAACUCCUCAUGGGGCUAUUUGACGUUAACGAGGACGGAUAUAUUGAUAUGGGUGAGUUUGGGGGGAUGGUGAAGUACAUCAGGAGCUGGAAGAGUACGUUUGGACUGAAUGUUGCGAACAGCACCGUUCCUGGCAUCAACUCAACACAACUAUACGACACCUUGAAGGCAUGUGGCUGUGGAGUUGACGAAACAAUGUGCAAAGUUCUUAUCAAAAACUUUGACUCCCGCAACAUGCAAGCGCUCGGAUUUGACGACUACAUGCGAUGUUGUGUCACUGUUCAGUCCAUGUACAAAGCGUUCACUCACCAGCAGUCGCCUGACGGGACGUUGAGGAUUAUUAGAGCUACUUUACGACUGGUGUAUCUUUAA